GUUUUCUUUACUGAAAUCCUUGUUUGAGAACAGCAGUUAAAUAACACUACAUAGAAAAUUUGGCUUUGUCAAUUUUCUUGUGCUCCGAAAAUACUUAGAAUUGCCAACAAACUCGGAAUUUCUUGUGUGCCUUCCUUCGUCACGGCGAGGUAGCCGUGUUACACCGCCUGAGUUUUCCUUCUCGGAAGCCUUUUGUGGAACCAGUGUUGAAUGACACUGAUCAAAAGCUUGAUCUUGUGUUUCUUGCGGUUCAACCGGGCUUGUAAAAGCUCCUUCGUUCCUUCAGUCUCGCCCAGCACCAACGGCGAACUUUCCUGGGAGUAAACUUGGUCUUUGUUCCGUUGUUGUCAGCGCGUCACUGUGUCAUUACCUGCCUCUUGACCACUGGACGCUAUCCAGCUACCUCUCGCUUCUUGUGCGCUCUUUUCCAUUCGUCAAAGGCGGAUUUUACUUGAUUCAAUUCUUGGUCGAACUGAUCAGUGGAUCUUCAGGUAUCCGUGUGUCAGUCUCUGCUCACUCACAAAGGUCCUGUUGGUAAGUCCUCAGAGUCCACUUCGGCUUUGUGACUUGCUGAUUCAUUUCGUGUACCGAACAAAAACACAAACAGGCCUUCAUCGCGCAUGAAGUCUUGACCAGAGCUUUUACCUCGUAACAAUAACAUUUUUACCCGCGUUUUUGUCAAUACCCAUGUUUCGAUCAAACAUGCCAUUCUCUAAGUGAAGGUCUUCCAACGGCUGACCCGAUUCGAAUGUCUUCACUUUUACGAACCGACCAGGCAGCAAUUUCAGAGACCUCUGGUUAUGUGAUUUCAAAUUUAUCCGCUGUUUACACAGAUUCCGCCCGAAGCACUUCAUCGCCUCAUGACUUGCGCACUGAAACACACUCAAUCGGCGCUAUCCAGUACUCUCAUACUAGCGACUUUUGUUCUGAAUACUCAGCACCUACUGAGUCACCAAGUGCGAACCUCAUAAACAGCGAGGAUUCUCGUGUCAGCUACCUCUCAGACGAGCCUCUCACUCUAUCUGAAUCAUACCUCCCAUCAGGUGAUUAUUUGUUUGGAAACGUUAGCUCGCAUCUUCCAAUGACCCUAAUAGAUGAAUCUGAGGCUGCCUCGUUUAUGCUACUCCGGAGCAGCGCAGUUGGACACAGCCUAUCUACACCAAGCUUUUGCCCUCCGGUUUCUUUUGUUCUUGAACCUGAGGAUGGGUUCUCAUUUGUCGAUUUGGAAUCAAAUGCUGAUCCUAGGGCGGAGGACCCAAAUAACCAAACGUACCAUCAACGUGAUCCACAUACCGCCAAAAAUAUCUCUUCUGAGCUUAUACCACUACACUCCGCUCCAACAGAAUUUUCUAUCGCUGCAAAUGACGCUCAUAGUGAAUACUUCCUUAGUCAUUCCUGUCUACCCGAUAAUCAGUUACAGGAAUCUAGCUCCUUCGACACUACUUUCAUAGAUAAAACUUGCUGCGCACAGACUGCUUUCAACUCGGAACUUCCCUCUAGCCCCCAUGGUCGGGAUGUAACUCACACCGGUUUCUUCUCUUGUUCGACUGAAGGUUGCACCAGCGACGUUACUGGUAGUUUCAAUCUCGCUGAUGAAAUGAAGUAUAAAGCCUACCUAUCAUUUUCUAGUGGCUUAGCAGUUCAUGGAAACAAUCAUCAGCCAAGUAUGUAUGAUUCGACUGUCUAUCACGCCCAACAAGAACCUCCUCAACAGGCCUAUUACGACCCGUCACAUGCCGCAGACGGAGACCAUUAUGGAACUUAUUACUCGGAUUUCGCUAUCGAUUCGCAAUUCGUUCCCGUAUGCGCCACCCAGCCGCUUUUCAAUGACUACAGUGGUUAUGCAACACUUGCACCACAUUCCUCCACUGCAUUUUACAAGGAUCACGAUGUGGAGUGCUACCCUAUCUCAUCGUCCCAUACAGCUAGCAUGCCUCAUGCGUCUCUAAUCUAUCCGUCGGACCUGGACCCAGUCACUGUUUGUCGUCCGACUGCCCAUGACUCUUAUGACGCUUAUCCCUAUUCCUCUAGCAGUACGAUUCGUGUCUACGAUGCAUCCAGUAGUGUUUAUUGGCCGCCCAUUUCCACCGCGAGUACAAACCAUGUGCCUGCUACCCAGCAGUACAGGUUGGAUGUGAUUCACUCCUGCCCGGUGCCCAAUAACCCACUGAAUGAAACCUUAUAUAGUCAGCAUGAAAUUACACAACCCAGCUCGAUUUCUGCGGCAUGUCAUUUCUCGGAAACCGGUUGCUUCAACCUACCUUCUUGCGCUUAUGCUUCAACAAAUAUGCGGCGAUCUACACCCAACGUUGCUCCUCUUUCGUGUCCCCAUUGUUCCCGCUUAUUCAGUCGACCGAGCCAUUUGGACACUCAUAUUCGCAUUCAUACUGGUGAGCGUCCGCAUGAGUGCUGCCUUUGUGGUCGGAAUUUUAACCAAGCUUCUAACUUGCGCCGGCAUUUGUCUUCACAUAAGACGUGGCCUCCGAUUCCUUCCAAAUCCCGACUUCCUGCAGGACCUGCACAGCAGGUUGUUUCUGGUGAUCUUUUGGCGCUUUCUAGACGAACUUACGGUCGUUCCAGAUCAUGGUGUUGCCGAUAUUGCAACCAACAGUUGAGCAAUUAUCUUCAGCUUCGGCAGCAUAUGGUUUAUCACAAGGACAGUCGGGUUUAUGCAUGCGUCUUCGAAUCGUGUUUGAGCGCAUUCGAUUCUCCGGACGCAUUGCUGUUCCACGUGGUUGAUUCCCACCGCAUUGAGUACCAUUCGGACCGCCCUUGUCAGCACUGCGGACGUAAUUUUUCAGAUAUCCGACAAUACGUCCAACACUGGCUUCCUCGGCGGCGCGGAUUGCCUCCUCGAUGUGGUGGUCCAGCUCAUGGAAGUGACGUGAGGCACGCUGGCGCUCAGCGUCCGGUAUUUAGAACUGCCAAUUCAAAAGUGGCCCACCUCCUGAGGAGGCGCAUUCGCUUGUUAUCGUUAUGUAGUUUACGUAAGGACUGUUCUAUAUACUCAUUCCGCUGUCCUGUUUGCACACUACGGUGUCGCACCCUGACUCGCUUGCGUCAUCACCUGGUUCGCUUUCAUGAUGAAUUCCUGGCUUCGGCGGCUCAGUGCUCUGCGAAGGGGCUCACACCCACUUCACUGCGUGGUGAUACCGUUUUACCGACCCCGUCAGAGUCGGUUGAGUACCACGGCUCAGACAACACUCCCACAUCUAGUGCUGGCCAUUCGCGACCCAAAGCUGCUCUCUUCCUGCUCCAUGUAGAGGAGCAAGAGCUCGAACACACGGAUGCUACAGAAGUGAAGCCGAACGGUCGACAUUCCAUUGCUAACCUCCGAACACCCCUCUGCAUGCGUUGUGCGCACUGUGGUAAGCGAUUUCAGAAGGCCAAGUUCUUUGAAGACCAUCAGCAGCUUUGCUUGCAACGGGUCCAAGAGAGAUUGCGUCGUUCACGUCUCCGAGAUCAUCUGCGCGUCGGAUUUAAGAUUCCGGUUGACUCCUCGACUCCGCAUUCGCAACUGGACCCUGUUGCUAACAGCUGUUCGUCCCAGCCGAACGAAGGGGAAACCGAUGGUCUGCGUCGCUCAUCGCGCAAGCGAAGGGUAAUCAAAACUUGGAAACCAAAGUACAGACGCUCGACCAUUUCCACGAUUCCUGCGAGCGGCCCAGAGAACCAUACCGAUGAUUGCCCCACUGUCUCUCAAUAGUCUUUCUCUAGACACAGCUUACGUUGUGCAGCAUUUAACUUCCAUCACCUCCGUCUUUCGUCUCUGAUUUUGCUAACUGUCUAUGGGUUACUUCGUUUCACUAAAUCUUCGAUGAAAUGAAUUCAUUUUACAGCG